AUAAAGGAAGCAGAUAUGUCGUUCUCACAGUUUGGAUAUCCUUAUAACGCGACUUCACAGUUUUUCGUGUCGGCAAACCCCAGUACGACUUGCUGCGAUUCGAUUUCCAGGUCGAUGUCUGAAGCAUCCAGCGGUUCCCAAAAAGCAGCCGCUUUUUGCUGCCCUUCUUACGAGAACCGUCUGUUUGCAAGCACACGGACGGAGCUAAAUGCGGCUCUCGGCAUGUACAGUUCGCCCUACGCAGCCGCGGCUGCGGCCAGCCAGAACUACACCAACUACUUCCCCUACAGCACCGACCCAUCCGCUCUCUACUCCACGCUGAACCCACAGUAUGAGAUCAAGGAUGGCGCUGGCAGUUUGCACUCUGGAAUCGCCCAGCCUGCCGCUUACUACCCCUACGACCACUCCCUUGGGCAGUAUCAAUACGAUAGGUAUGGUACUGUGGAUUUUAAUGGGUCAGCCAGGAGAAAAAAUGCUACCCGGGAGACUACAAGUACCCUUAAGACAUGGCUAUAUGAGCACAGGAAAAACCCAUAUCCCACAAAAGGAGAGAAGAUCAUGCUGGCUAUCAUCACCAAGAUGACCCUCACUCAAGUGUCCACCUGGUUUGCCAACGCAAGGAGAAGGUUAAAGAAAGAGAAUAAGAUGACCUGGUCCCCCAAGAACAAAGUAGGGGAGGAAACAAAGGAUGACUUUGAGAAAAGUAACCAGGAUUGUGUUAGCAAAGAUUCCAAAGACUGUAAGGAGGAGAAGGAGCUUCAACUGAGCGAUUUGGAUGACAUGGAGGAUGAUGACUGUGAGAAACUAGACACUGACAGAGAGAAGGUCUCCCAUGGAGAGCUAGGCCUCCACCGAUCUAUGGCUGGGGACCAUGCAAAGAGAGACUGCCACGGCAUGCUUGCCCCUCUCAAUAACUUUCAUGCUUUUGCAUGCAAUAACAAGAGUGUGGCUACACUACCAUCAGACCUCAUUGAGCCCAUGGUGACUAAACCUUCAGUAACUGGCCCAGGUGGUGCAAUUUCUCUGUCGCACUUUGAGGUGUCAGAAAAACCCAGAAUCUGGUCACUGGCACAUACUGCAGCCACCAGUGUCAUACUGGGACCACAUCACAGCAGUGAUGUAAAGACAGGGAAUAUCACUACGGAAUGCCCGCUGCAAACAGUAAUGGCCAGCAGUGGACACUGCGGAGAACUGAGGGGUCACCUGGAGACCUCACCAAUGGAAAACUCUUUCCGGGAGGGCCCACGAUCACAAAACAAAGCCUAUAGCUCUUCCAGCUUUACUCACAAGCCCCUUCAACUGCAUUGUUCUUCCUACCCUGUGAUCUCAGAUACAUGCCAGUAUUCAUCCACUGAAGGCUUUUCAAGUAGCAGAAAACCUGAGGCUGACCCAUCAGAUCUCAGUGACACAUGUCUAACGCUGCCAGAAGACAAGGUCACUGCCUUCAGACCUGUGAUGAAGAGGUGA